AUGCGUUUCUCUACACUCGUUUCUGCCACUUUGUUGGCCGGUGCUUCAACUGUUGCUGCUGUUGGUGAGCUUGCAUUCAACUUAGGUGUUAAGACCCACGAUGGUUCUUGUAAGCAAAAGGAUGAUUAUUUAGCUGAUUUCGAAACUUUGAAGGGUUACACCUCCAAGGUCAAAGUAUAUGCUGCUUCUGAUUGUAACACUUUACAAAUUUUGGGUCCUGCUGCAGAAGAAGCCGGAUUUACCAUUUUCUUGGGUAUUUGGCCAACUGAUUCUGCUCAUUUCGAAGAAGAAAAGCAAGCUUUGACUCAAUACUUGCCAUGGAUCAAAACUUCUACCAUCGAAGCCUUCUUGGUUGGUUCCGAAGCUUUGUACCGUGAAGAUAUGACUGCUUCUGAAUUGGCAGAUGCUAUCUCUGAUGUCAAGGACUACAUUAAAGACAUCAAGGAUUCCGAUGGUAACUCUUACAGUGGCAAGCAAGUCGGUACUGUUGACUCAUGGAACGUUUUGGUCGAUGGUGGAUCUGCUACCGCCAUUCAAGCUGCUGACUUUGUCAUGGCGAACGCCUUCUCUUACUGGCAAGGUCAAACUAUGGAUAAUGCUUCUUACUCGUUCUUCGACGAUAUCAUGCAAGCUCUACAAACUAUCCAAACUACCAAGGGUUCUACUGACAUUCAAUUCUGGGUUGGUGAAACUGGCUGGCCAACCGAUGGUACCAACUUUGAAAGUGCUUACCCAGGUCUAGAUAACGCUAAGCAAUUUUGGGCUGAUGGUAUUUGUGCUAUGAGAGGCUGGGGUGUCAACGUUAUCGUUUUCGAAGCUUUCGAUGAGGACUGGAAACCAGAUACUUCUGGUAUUUCCGAUGUUGAAAAGUACUGGGGUGUUUGGGAUGCCAACAGAAACUUGAAGUUCAAGUUGGAUUGUGAUUUCAGCUCUUAA